GAACUGCUCGCCAAGAUGGCGGACGAGGAGGGUGAAGGGCUGCAGCGCUCGGCGCCGGCUCCGCACCGCAACGGGGGCGGGCCGGGCGGGGGCCGCGUCGUCCGCAUCGUCAAGUCGGAGUCCGGCUACGGCUUCAACGUGCGGGGCCAAGUGAGCGAGGGCGGCCAGCUGCGGAGCAUCAACGGGGAGCUGUACGCGCCGCUGCAGCAUGUCAGCGCCGUGCUGGGCGGGGGGGCGGCCGACCGCGCCGGGGUGCGCAAGGGGGACCGCAUCCUGGAGGUGAAUGGUGUGAAUGUAGAAGGGGCAACGCACAAGCAGGUGGUGGACCUGAUUCGAGCAGGAGAGAAGGAGUUAAUACUGACAGUGUUAUCCGUUCCGCCCCAUGAGGCUGAUAACCUCGACCCCGGCGACGACUCUUUGGGGCAGUCGUUCUAUGACUACACCGAAAAGCAAGCUGUGCCCAUCUCCAUCCCCACAUACAAACACGUGGAGCAGAACGGCGAGAAGUUUGUGGUUUACAAUGUUUACAUGGCAGGGAGGCAGCUGUGUUCGAAGCGGUACCGGGAGUUUGCCAUCCUCCACCAGAACCUGAAGCGGGAGUUUGCCAAUUUCACCUUUCCGCGCUUGCCGGGGAAAUGGCCUUUCUCUUUAUCGGAGCAGCAGUUGGAUGCCAGGCGCCGAGGGCUUGAGGAGUAUCUAGAGAAAGUAUGUUCCAUACGAGUCAUUGGGGAGAGCGACAUCAUGCAGGAGUUCUUAUCGGAAUCGGAUGAGAAUUACAAUGGGGUGUCAGAUGUGGAACUAAGAGUAGCACUACCGGACACAACAACAGUGACAGUCAGGGUCAAAAAGAACAGCACUACAGACCAGGUGUAUCAGGCUGUGGCUGCUAAAGUAGGAAUGGACAGCACUACAGCAAACUACUUUGCCUUGUUUGAAGUGAUCAAUCACUCCUUUGUGCGUAAACUGGCGCCCAAUGAAUUCCCACACAAGCUCUACGUACAGAACUACACGUCGGCGGUGCCGGGGACUUGUCUGACUAUCAGGAAAUGGCUCUUCACUACAGAAGAGGAAGCCCUCCUGAAUGACAAUGACCUCGCAGUUACCUACUUCUUCCACCAGGCUGUAGAUGAUGUGAAGAAAGGUUGCAUCAAAGCUGAGGAAAAGUCCUACCAGUUACAGAAGCUGUCUGAGCAGAAAAAGAUGGUCAUGUAUUUAAACAUGCUGCGGACAUGUGAGGGUUACAAUGAGAUCAUCUUCCCCCACUGCUCCUGUGACUCCCGGCGAAAGGGUCAUGUGAUCACAGCCAUCAGCAUCAAGCACUUUAAACUCCACGCCUGCACAGAGGAGGGUCAGCUAGAGAACCAGGUAAUAGCAUUUGAGUGGGACGAGAUGCAGCGGUGGGACACAGACGAAGAGGGAAUGGCAUUCUGUUUUGAAUACGCACGAGGAGAGAAGAAACCUCGAUGGGUUAAAAUCUUCACCCCAUAUUUCAACUACAUGCACGAGUGCUUCGAGCGGGUGUUCUGUGAGCUCAAGUGGAGGAAGGAGGUGGAGGAGGAAGCGACAGACAAGGAUAACAAGAACUUCAGUAAAGACAAUAUGUGCAGCAAGAAUAUCUUUCAGAUGGCCAGAUCACAGCAGAGAGACGCCGCCACUUAGCCCCUCCUGUCGUGGAAGAACGUAAACCCCCCCGAAAUUAACACUUAAAAAAAGAUUUAAAAAAUUCUGUUAUUGUAUUAAAAGCCCUUAAACUAAA